AUGUCUUCACGAAUGGUGAUGAAAUGUCUGCAAGUCAGUCGCCAAGCUCGGCGAACGGAUAAACAGCUACUUGAUCAAAUACGAACAGUGAGGGAAAAACAGUUCUUGCAGAUGGCUCUGAACGGCCAAAUGGAUGAGGUCGUGAACUACCGUUUCGGCGAUCGGCUUUCGAACCACACACAGACGCCUUCAGAUUGGACGGGACAAGGUAAUCGCCGGGAGAGUUGGAUUAUUCCUCCAAGUGCGGUGCGAAUACAAAUUCCGAAAAAAAACACCAGUAACUACUCAGAGGAUUUAAAUACGCUGGAAGAUACCCUCCAUUUGAAUACACUGAUACAGUUCCCUGUGGUGUUUGUACUGCUGACACAGCCACAGCAAUCCAUUUUCAAACUCCCCAGUCUUCCCAUUUCCGAUACUCUGUCGUCCAUUUCUGACAAUGUACUAGUGCGAUUGGAUGAACGUCAGCAAUAG